CGCAUCAAAGCGGAGCUUUUAGACAAUUUUCCAGUCAAAGGCGUACAAAAAGCUCACUUCCAAGCAACAAUUUAUAUAUACAUAUAUGCUUGUUUGUGUGUUUGUGCGCAGAAAACAGCUGCUGAUUUGAUUGUUUCUCCUUCCGCGCUGCAUUACAGCCGUUACAAUUGUUGUUUUUGCUGCGGCGCCACAAGCCAUAAGCGUUCGGUAUAAAAACGAAAUGGAAGCGUGCGGCAUAAAGCAUUUGACAAGCGAGUUUCAACGAAACGGUUAUCAACACCACGAGCCCGAAAGUAAACGCACAGCCACAAAGAAACUGUUGAACAUUUGAGCAAACGAAAGAAGUGAAAGACAAAUCAAGUGAUAAUAUAAAAGCGCUAUAAAUUUUAUUUCACUUUGCGUGUGUGUGUGUGGUGGUGGUGUGUUGCCAAUUACUUGUGUUGGUGUGCGCCUGCGCAUUAGAACCGGAAGUGCUUACUUUGAAGACGAAUAAAAGUUUAAUAAUUAAAACAAAACAAAAACUUGUCAAGCACAUUGCAAACCGCAAACAACAACAACAAAUAAUUGUAAAUAACCAACAGCGGAUUUGGAGUUAUACUUGGCGCGUGCAAAUAUGCAAGUGCAACAUUUUGUGCUCGCCAGCUGUUUGGCCAUAACCUCGCUGCUGCUAGUCGUUCAAGCACAGGGACCAUUUCCGCCAAGAUUGAGCAUACCAGGCGCUGUGCCCGUGGUUGGGCCUGCAGUUGCACCGCGCCCACAAUUUCGCAAUGAUAAGCCGGUACGCGUACGUCGUCCAAUCGCUUUGCGUGCACAAAACUCCUACAUACCGUCGGUAGCGCCGCGCAUACAAGAGGAAUCCAAACCUGUAACCGAAUCGGCUGAAGAUGAACAACCAGAUGUCUUCUUGCCACAACUGUUGCGCGAACAGCAAUUGGUGCAGGCGCAGCAGGCACAAUUUCAACAGCAAGCGAAUGCUUUCCUCAACGGUGAGGUGAAUACCAUACAUGAUACGCCCUCAUUGCCACAAUUGUUGCAAGAUGAUGAGCAUAUAUUGGCGCCAUCACCACAACCUGCUUUGCCAUCAACGCGCUUUACUGAGCGACCAACACCCACUGCACCUCUAGCAGCAACAACGUCCAACAAUCGGCCCGCUUUCAAUGAUUACGGUAUUGGUAGCUUUGGUGCGCAACGUUUUGGUUUGGAGCGGCCACAACAGAGUGCACCUGCACCGGCUCCUUUGCCACAACAGGCACCACAGCGUGUCAAUGUUAUACGCACACGUCCACAAGUGCGUGAAUCACGUCCACAAUAUGAGGCGCAAUCAGCACCACAACCAGCUCCGGCACCUGUGCGCUCUCGUCCACGUCCAGCACCAGCCCGUCCGGCGAUUGAAUAUAAUCAAGUGCAACAAGAGGAACGUGAGCAGCCACAACAGCGUCGCCAACGUCCCGUCGCGCAAACAAUACGCAAAUGGCGUGAGGAGAACGAGGACGGCAGCAUUACUUGGGGUUAUGAGAAUGAUGAUGGCUCAUUCAAGGAGGAAAUCAUAGGCACAGACUGCGUCACAAAGGGCACAUACGGCUACAUUGAUCCCGAUGGUAACAAACGUGAAUACCACUAUGAGACCGGCAUCAAAUGUGAUCCCAACACACGUGAAACAGAGGAAGAGCUACAACAAAAUGCUUUCAUUAAUUACGAACAGAAUACAGCUGUAUUGCCAAAUGGCAUUGAGAUCGACAUGACACAGAUCGGCAAGAAGAAAUCCAGACGGCCGAAUUCCAUCUAUAGAAAUUAGCAUUUUAAAACAUACAAUAUACAUACAUAUAAAAUGAUAAUAUUUAAGCUAUCAAAAAUAUAUCAAUAUUUACAACUUUAA